UGUAUGUAUGUAUGUAUGUAUGUGUGUGUGUGUGUAUGAAUGUUAUCAUUUGGUAUGUAUUUGCAUGUUCAUAUCAAAUAAGUAAAUCCUUUUGUUGGUAAUAUAUAGGAUUUGUUCAUCCAAAAAGAUAAGAAUACAAGGUAAAUUAGAAAACGGACUCUUUACUCUAGUCGGCCAACGGUAAAACUCCAAAACUCGAUAAACCCACCAAAAGGUUAGCGAACGGUGUCGUGUCUAGCCUGCAGUGCAUGAACGCUGGAGUCCCUCUCCUUCUCGCUUAGUAAGUAAGCGGUAGUCGACGUCUAAACGAAGAAGCAAAGCUUUGUAUUCCUACAAAAGUAUCUCUUCAAUCGUACCGUAUCGGCUUUUUCAACCAGCCCAAAAGGAAAUAGCUUUUGAUUUUUUUAAUAUCUUUUUAAAUGUUUAGUUACUGAACUAUAUAAAGCUGCUUGAACCGUUUAGGAGAUUCCAUCUCUGAAGUUCACCAAGCGUUCGACGUUAUUUCUCAGCAAGCAAAAGCAGAAGCUGAUCAUCUUUUUCUAUCGUUUGAAGCAAGCGUCAGUGUCUCUCAAGACUAAAUGAAGGCUAGAUGGAAAGGGAAAGGCUCAGAAGCCAAAGCUAUAGCUGAUCCCAUGUCAAAAAUAGUCUCACAGCUCCAAUCCUCUUUGAUCCACUCCAAGACUCAUGGUUUACUCUCUAGCUGCAGUGUACUUGUUGAAGUGAAUGCAGAAUUGGCUGAUCUUCUCAAUCGUGCAUGUUUUGGCCGACCAAGAAUUACAGCUGAGAAGGAUAAAGAAUGGUUUCAGUUGGACAUGGAGGAAGCCUUUUAUUUGUGUUUUUCGCUCAAAUGCCUCAAGGUUGUUGGUGAAGAUGGUUGUAUAAAGAGUAAUGAAGAGCUCUGGGAGUACAUGAAAUCCAAAAAGGCAGUCUUUCCUGUUUUUUACAGGGCUUAUUCUUAUCUUCGGCAUAAAAAUUGGGUUGUGAGAUCAGGAUUGCAGUAUGGUGUGGACUUUGUUGCCUACCGCCACCAUCCAGCUCUUGUCCAUUCUGAGUAUGCAGUGCUGGUGCUAUCAGAAGGAGAUAAUGAUCUAAAUGGUCGACUGAGAGUGUGGUCAGAUGUUCAUGGUACUGUUCGACUUUGCGGAAGCGUUGCAAAAACAUUGUUGAUUGUUAACGUAAAUAAUAAUAGUCACGGUGCUAUCUCUCCAUCAUGUUUAGAGCAUUACACUGUUGAAGAGCGGACAAUCACAAGGUGGAAUCCAGAACAAUGCCGUGAGGAUCAGGCAGUCUUGAGAAUCUAAUGAGCUAACCUAUAAUUUAGAACCUUCUUUUGUGCAAUACCCUGUGUUAGCAUUGUUCCUUGCUCUUAUAAAAGCCUUUAUCCCUGCUCAUAACUUCUUACCGAUAUAGCUUAUUCUAUGCAAUAUGAAAUAAUCAUUUGGUCUCUGGUUGA